CUUUGCUGUAAUCUUCCUGUAAAACGCUGCUUUUCAACAUGUCGGGUGCGGCGUCACGGUUGCGGAGUUUAACUGCACAGCUUCUCCACCGAUCUCCGGAGAGCCAACAUAAUUUCAACAAACACACGCUCUCUCCAACUUUUUUUCUCCCUCGUGCCGCUGCUAUCGAGCCUGAUGCCGAAGCCAUCUACCAUGUCACCGUGAACAAUAAGGUUCUGAGGAGAUCAUACAUUGAGACUGCCGACCGGGCAAGAGGAUUGGCAUAUUAUAUCAAGAAGCAUGGAUAUAAAAGGGUGGGCAUUCUGUGUCCAAAUACCCCUGCGUUCCUGGAAUCGAUAUAUGGGAUUGCUGCCGCUGGCGCGGUGAACGUCGCGGUCAAUUAUAGAUUAAAGUCGGAGGAUAUCGCAUAUAUAUUUACUCAUUCCGAAGUCGAUAUAAUUAUCGUUGAUCAGGAGUAUGUACAUCUGCUGGAUGAGUUCCGAAAAACCCGACCGGAUUUUCCCGUUGUCAUUGAUACCGAUACCGACGCCACGGAGGGUGAACUUAGCGGUCCUUUUGAUGCGUCGGUUCUAGAAGGGCUUCAAUAUGAUUCGCAGUUGGGCAAUCAUGGGUGGAAUGGAUUGGAAACCCACGCUGCGGAUGAAGAGUCGCUCAUCGCUUUAGCGUACACCAGUGGGACAACAGCGAGACCAAAGGGGGUUGAGUAUAUUCAUCGUGGGUGCUAUUUAGCAGCGCUCGCGAAUAUUAUUGAGUCUGGGCUGAAUUAUCACCAAGGCCGCUGCCGCUAUUUGUGGACGCUUCCAAUGUUCCACGCCAUGGGCUGGACGUUCCCCUGGGCUAUUACAGCUGUGCGCGGCACUCAUUACUGCCUCAGGAAAAUUGACUACUCCCAAAUUUGGCGAUUGCUGAAAGAGGAGAAGAUUACUCAUUUCAAUGCCGCCCCUACCGUGAACACGAUCCUCUGCAACUCUAAAGAAGCGGAGAGACUUCCAUCUCCCGUCCGAGUUACCGUGGCUGCCAGCCCACCAACACCCCAUCUUUUCGAGCAGAUGUUAUCACUAAACCUUCAUCCAGUCCAUGUCUACGGAAUGACUGAGACGUAUGGCCCUAUCACGAAAGGCUACUACAUGCCAGAGUGGGAUAAUCUGCCAGCGAAGGACAAAUAUCAGAAGAUGGCGAGACAGGGUCACGGUUUUGUCACCAGUCUUCCUGUGAGAGUGAUAAAAACCGAAGUUCCGGAAGGCACCGUUAUCGACGUGGAGCGCAAUGGCAAAGAAAUUGGGGAAAUCGUUUUCGUUGGAAACAUAUGUGCCAGAGGCUACUAUAAGGAUCCUGAAGCGACAAAGAAGCUCUUUGCAGGAGGAGUGUUACACUCUGGGGAUCUAGCAGUGUGUCAUCCUGACGGGGCAAUUCAGAUCCUGGACCGGGCGAAGGAUAUUAUCAUUAGCGGCGGUGAGAAUAUCUCCUCGGUGGCACUUGAGGCAAUGCUUGCCACCCAUCCGGAUAUCCUUGAGGUUGGAAUCGUCGCUGUGGCGGAUUCCCACUGGGGAGAACGCCCCAAGGCAUUCAUCACCGUCCAGCCCGGCAAAACACUCAAAGGCGAAGAUGUGAUCGAAUGGGCGAAACAAACCAGCGGCAUCAGCCGGUUCAUGGUUCCCAGGGAAGUCGAGGUUCUCGCUGAGCUGCCCAAGACAAGCACAGGGAAAGUCAAGAAGAAUGUGCUCCGCGAGUGGGCCAAGGGGGCCGACCGUACUCUGGUAAGAUAGACCGGAAACAGCUUGGCUAUAUUACUGCUAUUCGUUGAAUUUUUGACGGCGACAAGUCUAUGUAUACCCACUGUGCACGUUCGUCUGUUGUUUACUAAAGGCUGGGUUUUGUUUUGGCACAAUAUACCAUGUAUGCUAUAAACAAUAUUUUAUAGGU